AUGGCUGACGAUCCAAACUCAAAUGAAAUAGUUGACGGGGAUGAUGUACCCGAACUAACUGAUUAUGAUCAGUCUUCAACAGUAGCUAUUUCAAAUACUACACCAGCUGCAGUUGAAGAUUAUGCUGAUGAUGAUGAACCAAUCGAAGAUUAUGUUGUUAAUAUGGUUGUUAAUGAACAACCCGAUGGUCUAUCACCUGACUUAAUUAAUGCAGCUAUCGCAGAAUCUAAUAAUGGAGGACGAACAUCAAUCUAUGAUUCGGUCACAACAGCACUUUAUGACGAAUUGAACGGAAAUGGUACCGCUAUUACUGGUGGUAAAAGAUGGUGGGGUUGGUCGUGGCAAAAAGCUAUUCUUAUUGGUUUAGUGGCUCUAUGUAUUCUUGGCAUAAUUCUUGCCGUUUUGUUUUUAGUUUUUGGUAAGAAACUUAAGAAUAAAAAAAGAACACCACCAACUGGUUCAACUACUACAACAAAAGCUGUAGUAACAAAAGGCGUAUCACCAGACCCGAAAUAUCAACCAGUGCCAAAUAUUGUUUGA